AUGGCGGUACAGAAACAUGGCGGUAGAAAACAUGGCGAUAUAGAAUAUGGUGGUAUAGAACAUAGCAAUAUAGAACAUAGCGGUACAGAACAUAGCGAUAUAGAACAUGGCGGUACAGAACAUAGCGAUAUAGAACAUUGCGAUACAGAACAUGCUGGCACAGAGCAUUGUGGCACAGAGCAUGAUGGUACAGAGCAUGGCUGUAUAGAACAUGCCGGUACAGAGCAUGGAGAACAUAGUGAUACAAAACAUGGCGAUACAGAACAUGGUGAUAUAGAACAUGGCGGUACAGGACAUGGCGAUACAGAACAUGGCAGUACAGAACAUGGCGAUACAGAACACGGCGGUACAGAACACGGCGGUACAGAACAUGGCGAUGCAGAACAUAGUGGUACAGAACAUAGCGAGAUAGAACAUGGCGGUGCAGAACAUGGCGAUAUAGAACACGGUGGUGCAGAACAUAGCAAUACAGAACAUGGCAAUACAGAACAUGGCGAUAUAGAACAUGGCAGUACAGAACAUAGCGAUACAGAACAUGGCGGUACAGAACACGGUGGUGCAGAACAUAGCAAUACAGAACAUGGCGAUACAGAAUAUGGCGGUAUAGAACAUGGCAGUACAGAACACAGCGAUACAGAACAUGGUGGUACAGAACAUGGCAAUAUAGAACAUAGCGAUACAGAACAUGGCGGUACAGUACAUAGCAAUAUAGAACAUAGCGAUACAGAACAUGGCAAUAUAGAACAUAGCGAUACAGAACAUGGCGGUAGGUACAUAGCUAUAGAGAACAUAGCGAUUUAG